AAAAUUACAUUCAACGUUAUAGGCAGCCAGAAUAAAUUUGCCUGAAAGAAAUAAAUACGGUCAACCGCUAGUCUGUGCCAUGUUGGCUAACGUUGCGUUUCAUUAACGUUAUAUUAUACGCAGGCCCUGCCAGCCACAGUGGGCCAAAUAAAACCAGUUUAACUUUUAUGAUUUUACAACACUUGUUGGCAUAGCUGCGAGCCCAGCCCGGUCCGGUCUAGCAUAGGACUUGGGAGAAAAGUACGUGCCAGACUCCAUUUAAAAAACUUGCAGAUAAACGCGGCUGACUCUCCUCGGAUGUAACGCUAGCUUUUACCCGUCAUAUUUGGAAAAAAGUAUUGAUAUUUCUUGCAUUCUAUUGAUUGCUCUGUAAUUCGGGUCAGAUCUUAUGCGCAGAUUUACUGUGGAUUUCAAUUAAUUGACCACUUUGACAAUUCACGUGUGUACGGUAUCCCCACUCUUCCUCAACAAAUCGGAGUGGGCUGGAUCGGAGCAGUUGCUGUAAACCAAUUACAAAACCCAUGAAUUAUUUCAAUUGAAUGCAUUAACGAGGGCCAUAUGCAUGCCGAAUACACCAUAAUAUCUGUAUGAUUUGUAACAACGAGGGAUUAUAUUUUACGACUCUUUUGUAUCGCUAAUGAGCAAGGUUUUAUUCAUUUUCAGAUUUCUGGAAUUGAAAUUCUCUGUGUCCUUUCAGCAUGCAAGAAGGCUAUGUUGCCGAGCAACGCCUUUUUUGUUAUAUCUCCAUGUCAGUCUGCUCCGUCGUUUAAAAAAAAAAAUAGCCCUCCUCUGAUCUGCCCAUCUCACUGAGCACUGGAUGAUGGUCGAAUCUGGGAUUUUGUUUUAAUUCAAAGCCCCUCAUCCUGUUGUUUACAGAUUCACGUACUGAAUAGGAAUUAGCAUAUGAAUCCUUGGCUGCUGUGGUGCAAAUAGGCUGCUAUCCACCCUACUGUGUUAUUUCUCAUUCAUCUAUCAGCGCCAGGAUGAUGCUCCCGCUGCAGUCCCUGUGGAAUAAAAGAAGCCUGGUCAUUAUUUGGUGACAGAUCUCCCUGCUCUUUAUGCCAAGAUGGGGAACGGAUUAUCAGAUCAUCACUUGCACUUCCCAUUCCUGCCGUCCUUACAGGCGCUCCACAUUGUCAUUCUAGGACUGGACUGUGCAGGGAAGACCACUGUGCUGUACCGCCUGCGUUUCAAUGAGUUUGUGAACACUGUCCCAACUAAAGGCUUCAACACGGAGAAGAUCAAAGUGUCACUUGCAGGCAGCCGACGGUAUGCGUCCUUCCACUUCUGGGAUGUAGGAGGUCAGGAGAAGCUGCGGCCUCUGUGGCGCUCAUACACGCGUUGUGCUGAUGGCAUUGUGUUCGUUGUGGACUCGGUGGAUGCUGAGCGCAUUGAGGAAGCCAAAACAGAGCUGCACAAGAUCACGCGGCUGGCAGAGAACCAGGGCGUGCCAGUUCUGGUGGUGGCUAACAAACAGGACCUGAGGAAUUCCCUCAGUUUGGCUGAGAUGGAGAGCAUGUUGGCUCUGGGAGAGCUGAGCACUGCCACACCCUGGCACCUUCAACCUGCUUGUGCCAUUAUCGGAGAGGGACUACAGGAAGGUCUUGAGAAGCUGCAUGCCAUGAUUAUGAAGAGGAGAAAGAUGCUGCGGCAACAGAAGAAGAAGAGAUGAUGCUCCCUACCAGAGGGAAAUAUAACAUGUGAACUCAAUCUUAAGCUUCACAAGAACUACUUUAAGCAGCGUGUAGUCUGCUGGUCAAUUAUGACAGGUCAUUUGGCUGUCAUUCCAAGUCUCAUUGGCUGAGUUUGUCCUUUGAGUGGAACUGUUUGUUCAGGUCAGCCAGUGUUUGGCUGCCACAGAGGACAGUGGGAUUGAUUUUGCCCAGUGGGCUUUGGACCUAAAUAAUGCAAUAGGCAACAAGUCAAUCUGAAGAAAGUCCAGUGUUAUGCUGUACAACAGCAAGCUAUAAAGUUUACACUGAACUCUUAAAUCUGGACAGUGAGCUCUGACUUCGCUAUUUUAUGUUAAUUGUCAGAAUAUUUGCUGCUUAUUUGUUUAGAAACAAUCAGUCUUUAUAUUUGUAUUUACCAAAGCUUGUGAUGAGUUUGCAGACAGGAUCAUUAAGAGCAAAUUGAACAAAGUCGCAUAUGUCAAUAAAGUAACAAGCAUUUUAUAACCA